AUGUCAAUUGUUGCUUGGAUGGCUAUUUUGAAUAAGCUUCCAACCAAGGACAGGCUCAUCAAUAUGGGAAUGAAAUUAGAUGGACUUUGUGAUCUCUGCAACGCUGAGUUAGAAGACAGAGACAAUCUCUUCAAUAACUGUGCUUUUGUGAGUGGAAUUUGGAGAAAGAUUCUACAGACCUGCAAAAUUCCCCAUAGGAAUCUGUGUUGGAGUGAUUCUUUGGAUUGGGCAGCAGUCAAUUUCAGGGGUAAAUCCUUGCUAGUUAGUAUUUUGAAACUAGCUUGGAUUAGUCUUUUAUACUUUGUAUGGGAAGAAAGCAAUUUCAGGCGCUUUAGAGGCUGUUCUCGGUCUGCUGAUAUUAUCUUUAAAAGUAUUAGAAGAUAUGUUGGUGAUAGGAUAAGUGCAAUAUUAACAAGGCUGACAGUGUUAAUCUCCAUCUUUGCCUGGAAUGGAACAUUGGCUAGUUCUGGUGGCUGUUUUAAUGUUGUGGACUGUCUGGUCGUUCUUUCUUUGUAA